UUGGGAGUGUCUAUAUUGCAGCAUGCUGGAUAAUUUUGGGGUGUUUGAGGAUGAAGGAUGUAUGCAGCUGGCAGAAUAGUGUGAGGAACCUAAAGCUGAUGAGGUUAACGGUGGAUAAAAAAUAAUGCGGUGAAGAUCGUACUGCCACAACUGGAUGAAUAAUACAGGGGUGCCUGCGGCACUUACUGUGAAAGAGGCGGCGUUUUUCUGGUUCCUGAAUGGAUGGCUGCAGCCCCCUACAGCUGAGUCAGAUCUUCCUCUGUUCCACAGCAUUGCAGCACUUCAGCGGAAAGCCAGCAAGGCGUUCUUUCGCUCCUCCCUACUACUGCAUCUCCCCUCCAGCAUCCACUCUGCUACCCACCUCGCCACCAUGGCCAGUACUGUGUCAGCCUACAAGGAGAAAAUGAAGGAGCUGUCCUUGCUCUCACUGAUCUGCUCCUGUUUCCACACUCAGCCGCACCCCAACACCAUCUACCAGUAUGGAGACAUGGAGGUGAAGCAGCUGGACAAAAGGGCAUCUGGCCAGAGCUUUGAAGUGAUCCUGAAGUCCCCUUCGGACUUGUCCCCGGAGAGUCCAGUCCUCUCUUCUCCCCCUAAGAAGAAGGACCUGUCCCUGGAGGAGCUGCAGAAGAGGCUGGAGGCUGCAGAGGAGAGGAGGAAGACCCAGGAGGCCCAAGUGCUGAAGCAGCUGGCGGAGAAGCGGGAGCACGAGCGGGAGGUGCUGCACAAGGCCCUGGAGGAGAACAAUAACUUCAGCCGGCUGGCUGAGGAGAAGCUCAACUACAAGAUGGAGCUGAGCAAGGAGAUCCGUGAAGCUCACCUAGCUGCCUUGAGGGAGCGACUGCGUGAGAAGGAACUGCAUGCAGCUGAGGUUCGCAGGAACAAGGAACAGCGGGAGGAGAUCUCUGGAUAAAGGGCUUUUCUACACAUCUAGCACCUGGUUCCUGAUAACCAACCAACCAACCAACCAACCAACCCACCCAACCCAUUUUAUUUUGUUUGUCUAGAUGCAACAUUCGGUUCCUCAUUUUCCCCCACCCUCUGGUGUUCGUUCCCCAGCUACACGCUUCUCUCUCUCCAUCCUUAACUGUUCAGUACUUGUGGGGGAUCACAGGCCAUGGGGUACCUCUAAGCAUAAUAGCAGCUAGUUCAUAUGAAGUAUAGAAUCAGUCAAUAACCAAUCAAUCAGCUUCUCUUUGGGAUUUUGUUCUUUUUUAAAAAUCUUUCUUAAACAGAUGUAAAGAAUUCAGAUAUUAAUAAAUUCAACCAGCAGUGUCAUGGAGAUAUGGAUUUCCUAUCCAGAGCUUAUACUACUCUUGGUGUUUGCUCUGAGCCAGAUAUCAGUGUCAAGACAAUGGGCAGUAAAUAGUGAGGAUUUCUUCCUUGUGAGGGAGUGGUUAAUGGAUCCAUUGUUUCCCAGCAGAUGGAGAAGGAGACCAGAUGGCUCAAGGAAUUGGUUAUGUCAUGCAGAGCCUUUCACCUUGGGUCACUGGUUUGAAGCCAGCCCAGGUAGGUAGUGACGUAGUCGUUACUUUCUGAUAGUGCUUUGGUAGCCCAUGUGAAAUUAGCUGGGGGUCUCAGAGCCUAGUGGACAGGUGCCCAUAUCACAAAAAAUACCAUCACCACAGGCAUUAGUGGAUAGCCUAGUCGGCCACGGGCUGAAUAAGCCUGUAGACUGAACUACCCUCUCAGUUGUAGAGGCAGGACUGGGGCACGCUGGCUAAGCAGUGUCGGGGAAGCCUGCACGGUUACUGCCUGUGUUGAACCCGAUUCUAUGGAUAAUCGGGGUGGCUCGAUUUCCAGGACUGUCAAUCAAUUUCACAAAACAGUAACAUUUCACUUCAGUAAGUAAAUAAACAAACUAGAAAGGUAUGUGAUUGCGAGUCAGUCCACCAGCCUUUAGAGAAACUCUAAUUUGGGAGAAUUAUUGUUCCCUCUUCCCAAAGAUGGAUGUGACUCUUCAAUACCAUUACAGGAGAGACAUUUGGACCAAAGAUCACAGAAUGAACCAGAGAGCUCUGGCUCUUCGGUGAAGCAAAGGACACCCUGAUCUCUUCAAUGGUAUUUCCAGAAUGGCAGCUUUGGAAAAGACAGAUGUGGGGGGGGGAGGGUGGAACACGCUGCCAGGGAGAGGACAGAAGGGGUUAGGAGAUGUUUGUGUGUCUGUUUCUGGUGUAGUCACGGCGGUAGAAAUGUAAGGUCAUUGUUUACAGAGAUGGCUGCUGUAAAAGCAGAUGGUGAGCCAAACUGUAAGGGGUCUGCCAUUCCAUUACUGAGGUCAAUAGAGUUGCAGACACUUAACGCCAGAUCUGAAUUUGACUUGAUUGAUACAUCAACUGGCCUUUUUAUGUCUGUGGCUAAAGUGCAAGAAGGCACCAUCUUAAACUCAGUGAAGACUUGUUAUACGGUGUUUGUGCAGGAUUCGGCUUGCACAAGAGCAUUUCCUUGUGGGAGGAUAUUGUGGGGGAGAACAUGGCAGCUCUUUUUCCUUUUGGAACAUAGAGCAGCAAAGAUUCUUUCCUUCCACCUUCCAACUUUUGCAGUGUACUGGUACCUUUCUUCCAGACCAGUGCAGUGUUUCCAAGGAAAGGGAGCAGGAAUAUAGGCACAGAUACGGGAAGGAAUCAUGGACUGAAAUUCAUCCUCACUGUGUCACAAACUUCCCCUCUCCCAAUGGCCAUAAUGGAUUCUGUUUCGGAACCCAGGAUGAACUAACAGGCCAUCAAGGGGAACAGGAGGUUACUUUCUAGUAACUGGUGCCCUUUGCACACAUUACCUUCAAAAAGCCACUCUUUAAGUGAGGCACACUACUCCAGUGCGGCUCUGUGGAGGCAAUGUCACCAAGGAGAAUAACUUGUCCAAACAACUAUAUGCUCUUGGCCCAGUGGGUACAGCAGACAUUUGCACAGUAUAUACUGCUUCCUUUUACUGUACAUAGAAUGGUUCCUGGCAGUUGUGUAGGCAGGCGCUGAGGGGUUUCACAAACCAGGGUUGGGAUAAGCAGGACUGGAAUGUCAUCUAGCACAAAGGACCCAGGUGGUGUCAAGAUGCCAAAGCAGAUAGGGAUUUCAUAUUUGGUGUAAAGUUCCCCUUGCGCCCCCCUCCCCCAAAAAAUAUUUGCUGACUCAGUUCUGAAGCUGCAGGUUUUCCAUCUACAACGAGCUGGCAGAGUGUAAGGAAUCUGCCAUGCCCCAAACCAGAUGGGUAGCAAUUGGUCACAAAAGCCAAAUAGUGUGGUAAAGAAGUGACAGCAGCUGCUGGAAACAAGGCCGCUAGCCUCUCCCUAAUCUACCAGAGAAUAAAUUCUCCUUUUAAAUAGAGAAGAUCCCUCUAUGGCCACAACAUGUUUAUGGAUAUUAGGGAAAAGCUCUGCUCCAAAGGGAAGGGCUAGCUUAGCUACAAACCUCUCUGCCAGGGUCAGAGAAAGGCCAGGACUGUUGUUUGGCCCCAGCAGUGUCCAGGGACAGGAAGCAUGUUAGGGGCAAGGUAGGGAAAAGGAAAGGAAACUGACGGUUGAAUUUCUUAACAGUAGCUAAUGAUCAGUUUGUAAGUAGCAGUUGUCUUAGAUAAGCAUCUGUGUACACUGCGGAAUCAUCGCCAGAAUCAUCUCAUCCUUAUAGUGACAAUAAAUUUUAAAGUUAAUGAAUAAAUAAAUAAAAUGUUUGUGUGUAAGAAAUGGUUGAAACUGUCAAAUGUCCAUGUCUCACACCGGUGGGAGCUGAGAAGAUGUCUGCAAGAUAUUAACCCUGUCCUACUCUCUGUAGUGCUGAGUGUUUGCUUGGUGUGUAAUUCUGACCUGAAGCUUGUUGUAAAUACUGUUUUUAGUACUAUGACGAUGAUUAUUAUUAUCGGAAAUGUUGUAGUCAUGAGCACGAGAUUAAAACCAAUGAGAAACAACCAUUUCCACUUUGAUUACCCACUGGGCUCAAAAGAAUUUGGAGGCAGGGCCAGUGAGGGCAGGAUGCCUGGGGCUGUGGGAUCUAGGCCCAGAGAGAGCAGUACAUCGAGAGGCAAGUGGCAGCACAGUGCAUAGCUGUUUGCUGCCUGCUGAGUGGCUGGGCUGCUUCAGGUGGAAGGUAAAUCAGGGAGUCAGGAGUAGGAGGCAGACCAAAGAGUCCUUCAGGCAGGGUGGGUGGGAACUGAGAAAAUCCAUUCCAGGAGUGGGGCAGAAGGAGGAUCAGAAGAAAAAAUCUAAUGGGUGGGAUGUGACGUUUCAAACACAACCCUAAAAUGUAAUGGAGCCGGGUCCAAUUUAGUAUUAAUUCAACUCUGCCUCUGCGGAGGUAGUCCAGUCUAUUUCCUGUAACCAGGGAACAAGACUGAAGAAAUGGAUGGUUCUAUGUAUGAUGCAGAAGAAAGUGGGUAGCUGCAGACUGGUCUUUGUUGGGGGCCUUCCUUCCCUUAUCCUGUACAGUCACCAGGUCUCAAUUUUUGCCUCUGCUUGUAUCUUCCAUCUCAAACUUUCAUGGUGAAGCUCCCAGUUCAAGAUCGCCUCCACGCAGUUACAGGCCAAUUUUGAUCUCAGGUGAAGACUUAUUCUUGCAAUAGCUUGCCUGACAAAUACUCAAAUUGGUGAUUCACACAAGAUCUGGCCAGAGAGGUGUGUAGGAUAUAGCGCUUGUGCAGACGGGAGAGCUGGGAACCUCAUUUUCUUCACCUUUACACCUUCAGUGCUGUGAGGUACAGUGGACAUGGCAGGAAAAUGCAUUCGUGCAGGAUAAACUGAUGCAUCAGGCAGAGAAACAGGGGCGUGUCAGGUAGAGGUUUGCAUCAGUAAUGUCAGGGAAAGGUUUGUUACAUCUGAUGGGAUAUGUCACGUCAGGGAAAAAUGCUUGUAUGGUGUGCCCAGGUGAAUCAGGUAUAACAUGGCGCUGUGUCUGCCCCGUGCAACUGAAUGUCAGGGAAAUGAGUUUGUCCAGUGCCACUGGCUGUAUCAGGGAAACGUGUUUGGUUUCUGUGGCUGUGUGCCUCUGGAAUGGAAUUCCUGUUGCUUGGAGGGACAUCCCACUAACACUGCUGAUGAAACGUUUGCACAGUCCAGACUGCAGCGGAGAGGUUAAUGACAGAUGCAAGAUACAUGCCUGAACUAACGCGGUGCCUGACAGCAUCAUACAUCGCUUUGAUCUUCAGUUCACAAAUCCACAUCAGCUCACAAUUAUUUCAUUCCUGUUGACGUCCCAGAAUUGCUAACAAGCAGUUUGUGCCUGAAGAGGGGUUUCUUACCCCGCCCCCACCCCAUUAACUCCCUUAUAUUU